ACCGAGCUGGUGAGCCGCACCGGUACCAGGACUGCCAUGUUGGAGAGGAAGUAAUCGAAAGUCCCCAGGACUAGGCGCCUGUUUUUUGCGAAUAAUCGGUCGAGGGGGUCUCCUGCUUUUACUGGGUCGGAUCGGGCAGGUUUCCCUCGACGGUUCACUUCGCUGGCGGUCAGAUCAGUCCGCGCUGGUUAGGAUUGUUCCCGUUCGGUAAGGGCGGAAGAUGGCGGACCCGGCGGAGUGCAACAUUAAAGUAAUGUGCCGUUUCAGGCCAUUGAACCGCUCAGAGGUGGACAGAGGGGACAAGUACGUCCCGAAAUUUCAGGGGGACGAGACCGUCAUCGUUGGGGGAAAACCGUACGCCUUCGAUAGAGUCUUGCAGUCCAACACGACCCAAGAGCAGGUGUAUAAUGCUUGUGCACAGAAGAUCGUUAAAGAUGUUUUGGAUGGUUAUAACGGGACGAUUUUCGCCUACGGUCAAACGUCUUCGGGAAAAACGCACACAAUGGAGGGUAAUCUACACGAAACAAAUUCAAUGGGAAUCAUCCCCAGGAUAGUGCAGGACAUUUUUAACUACAUUUACUCCAUGGAUGAAAACCUGGAGUUUCAUAUCAAAGUGUCGUAUUUUGAGAUUUAUUUGGAUAAGAUCCGGGACCUUUUGGAUGUGUCGAAGACCAACCUAUCUGUACAUGAAGACAAAAACAGAGUUCCUUAUGUAAAGGGAUGCACCGAGCGAUUCGUGUGCAGUCCUGAAGAGGUGAUGGACACCAUUGACGAGGGCAAAUCCAACAGACAUGUCGCCGUGACAAACAUGAAUGAACACAGCUCCAGAAGUCACAGCAUCUUCCUGAUCAAUGUGAAGCAGGAGAACACUCAAACCGAGCAGAAACUCAGUGGCAAACUUUACCUGGUUGACUUGGCAGGCAGUGAGAAGGUCAGUAAAACAGGAGCUGAAGGUGCAGUUCUGGAUGAAGCUAAAAACAUUAACAAGUCUCUGUCCUCACUGGGAAACGUCAUCUCAGCCUUGGCUGAAGGGACGACGUACGUUCCCUACAGAGACAGUAAGAUGACGAGAAUCCUGCAGGACUCUCUGGGGGGCAACUGCAGGACAACCAUCAUCAUCUGCUGCUCCCCGUCAAACUACAACGAGGCCGAGACCAAAACUACACUCAUGUUCGGACAAAGGGCGAAGACGAUUAAGAAUACAGUGUGUGUGAACGUGGAGCUGACUGCCGAACAGUGGAAGAAGAAGUAUGAGAGGGAAAAAGAGAGGAACAAGGUCCUGCGGAACACCAUCACCUGGUUAGAGAACGAACUCAACCGCUGGAGAAACGGCGAGACAGUCCCCGUGGACGAGCGCUACGACAAAGAGAAGGCUAACAUGGACACGCUGGCUCUGGAUAACGCUGUGAUUAACGAUAUGUCCGCCUCGACCCCGGGAGUCAACUCGCUUCCCGGAGCCCCCGGGGCUCGGCUCACGGACGCAGAGAAGCAGAAGUGUGAGGCGGAGCUUACUAAACUCUACAAACAGCUGGAUGAUAAAGAUGAUGAGAUCAAUCAGCAGUCUCAACUGGUUGAGAAACUCAAACAGCAAAUGCUGGACCAGGAUGAGCUCUUAGCCUCGUCGCGGCGGGACCAUGACAACCUGCAGUCGGAGCUCACGAGGCUCCAGGUGGAGAACGAGGCAUCUAAAGAGGAGGUGAAGGAGGUUCUGCAGGCUCUGGAGGAGCUCGCCGUCAACUACGAUCAGAAGAGUCAAGAAGUGGAGAACAAGACCAAGGAAUUCGAAGCCCUCAGCGAAGAGCUCAACCAAAAAUCUACCAUCCUGACCUCUAUAGACUCAGAGCUGCAGAAGCUGAAGGAAAUGACCAAUCACCAGAAGAAGAGAGUGACGGAGAUGAUGUCCUCGUUGCUUAAAGACCUGGCUGAGAUUGGGAUUGCUGUGGGGAGCAAUGACAUCAAGCAGCAUGAAGGCAGUGGCAUGAUCGACGAGGAGUUCACCGUAGCCAGGCUGUACAUCAGCAAGUUGAAGUCGGAGGUGAAGACGAUGGUGAAACGCUGUAAGCAGCUGGAGAGCGUCCAGUCGGAGAGCAAUAAAAAGAUGGACGAGAACGACAAGGAGCUCGCUGCGUGUCAGCUACGUAUUUCACAGCACGAGGCGAAGAUCAAGUCCCUGACGGAAUACCUGCAGAACGUGGAGCAGAAGAAGAGGCAGCUGGAGGAGAAUGUUGACCAACUCAGUGAAGACCUGGUCAAACUCAGUGCUCACGAGAAAGUCAAUGCUAUGGAGAAAGAGAUCCAGAGCACCAAUGAGGUGAAGGAGACAGUGGAGAAGCAGAUUCAGAGUCACAGAGAGGCUCAUCAGAAACAGAUCAGCAGCUUGAGGGAUGAACUGGACAGCAAGGAGAAACUCAUUACAGAUUUACAAGAUCAGAACCAGAAGAUCAUGUUGGAGCAGGAACGACUGAGGGUCGAACACGAGAAACUCAAAUCCGCUGAUCAGGACAAGAGUCGCAAACUGCAGGAACUCACUGUGAUGCAGGAUCGUAGGGAACAGGCCAGGCAGGACCUGAAAGGUUUGGAGGAGACAGUGGCCAAAGAACUUCAGACUCUCCAUAACCUCAGGAAGCUGUUCGUUCAAGAUCUGGCAACCCGUGUUAAAAAGAGUGCAGAGAUGGAUUCUGAAGACACUGGUGGCAGCGCAGCACAAAAACAGAAGAUUGCGUUUCUAGAGAACAAUCUAGAACAGCUUACCAAGGUCCACAAACAGCUGGUGCGGGAUAACGCAGAUCUGCGCGGUGAGCUGCCCAAGCUGGAUAAGCGUUGGCGGGCGACAUCCGAGCGUGUUAAAGCUUUGGAGACGGCGCUGAAGGAGGCCAAAGAGAACGCAGUACGCGAUCGAAAGCGCUACCAACAAGAAGUGGACCGUAUCAAAGAGGCUGUGAGAGCCAAAAACAUGGCACGUCGUGGGCACUCUGCACAAAUCGCCAAACCUAUUCGGCCAGGGCAGCCUCCUGUAGCCUCUCCCACUCACCCUGUCGUAGUGCGUGGAGGAGGAGGAGGUGGCGGCUUGUUCCAGAACAAUCAGCCAGUGGCUAUCAGAGGGGGCAUGACUAACAAACAGGAGAACAGUUGAAGAUGGAAUGCACUUUAGUACCACGCUGGAUGCUGGAUGCUGAUAUCGCUAUGGAAACCUGUCAUUCCAUUCCACACGGUCUCUCUCGCCUGCACAUGUGGGAUGUUUGAAAUCGAAAUAUUUAUGGACAGUUUUGCUCCCUGAUCGGUUUUCUUCUAUUGAAAAUAAUGAAUUAUUAAUGCACACACAUGCACCCACACAUACUCUCAUAUAAAAACGAAUCAAGAAUCCAAAGCAAGCAAAUGAAGAAAAGCCAGACGGCUGGAAGCCUGCCUGAUUUGUUUUGAAUGUAUAUAUUCUGUAUCCUGCAGCUUGACGUACUCGUCUUUCGGCUCGCCUGCACCACGCCGCACUGAUUAAACACAUCCACGCUAAACAGAAGGUGAUUACUGGGUUUUAACUGUUCCCACAACGUCACUACAUACUAGAUCCAGUAAACUUAAGCUUGGUGGGGAUAAGCAACCAACCACUCCCUACACCCCACCAAAACUAUGUGAUAUGUAAUUUGAUAGUGUACAGGUCUAUUGUAUGGUAAUGACUGUAUGGGUAGAUUAGGGUGACGGUUUUUACCUUAUAAGGAGUGAACCUUUCUGCAUUCACGAGAUCAUUCUUGGCAUUUGUAAAAAAAAAAAAAAAAAAAAAAAAAAAAACAUUACUGUUCAUUGUAAUGGUGUUUUUUACAGGGAAAUGGUUACAUCUGGCUGUAUUUGAAUGGAAAAGGCUUUGAAGGUGAUUGGGAGCUGAGAUCUUUAUUCCUUGGAUGACCCAAGUGCAUCAUAACUGCGUGUAAUUAUUGUAGAUUUUUCAUCACUCCACAUAUUUCUUUUUAAAAGUGAUAGAAUAUUUUAUGCAUGGGUGGCACGGUGGCUAAGUGGGUAGCACUGUCUCCUCACAGCAAGAAGGUCCUGGGUGCGAAGGUUGCAUGAUCUCCCCGUGUCCGCGUGGGUUUCCUCCCACAGUCUAAAAACAUGCAGUCGGGUUAAUUGAAGACACUGAAUUGUCCCAUAGGUACAGUGCAUUGUAGUGCCGGUCCCAAGCCCGGAUAAAUAGGGAGGGUCGUAUCAGGAUCACGAUCCGCCGGCGACCCCUAACGGCAGCCGCCGAGGAAAUAGAGAGUGUAUUUUAUGCAUCAGUGUGUUGUGGUGGUUUGUGUGCUCUGUAAACAUGUUCUUCUUCACUGAAAUAGUUAAUAGUAAUAGGUAGUAGUCUUGUGAAUGCAGCAUCGUGCUGCCUUCACUACUACUAUUCUGGCAUACAUUAAAAAUGCUGGUUUUAUUUAUUUCAGUCCAUCGAAAUCCAUUCAGAUUUAGCAGGGUGGUGACGGAAAUGUACCUUGACACAGUCAUGAAAGUGAAGCAUAAUUGUAAUUUUUACCAGUGGGUGAUGGGAACGUUUGUGACACACAGGCUCAUGUAUGAGUAAAUAGUAUGUGAUUUAUGCUUCUCAUUGGGUUUUUCAUUUUCACCGCUCGUAAACACACCAGCAAUGGACAGCAAUGCUUUUUUUCUAUUACUUGCCAAGUGUAUCAGUGUAAAUGCAGAUUUAAGGUCAUUUUUUUAAUGGUUAAAGGUGAUUAGAUGAGGGUUCUGUUGGUGAAUAAUCAAACAUGACAAAAUUUAAAUCACUAUCUGGAUUACAUUAUAUUUUUUGCAUCCUACACAAAAUAGAGCAAACAUUUCCUUAUACUACCUGCCUAAUGUUGUUUUACUGCUCCAGAGUCUAAUAGAGGCAUGUUUUAAACCACUCCAUCUGUGGAUUACACUAUAUUUUCUGUCUUCAUGCAAAUACAAAACAUAUAUACAGUAUAUCGAACAGUCAUUUAUCAAUGGAUUUCAAACCACGAAAUUUGCCUUUCCACUCCUCCAGGGUCUAAUGAUGUCAUGCUUUAAACCAAUUGGCCUGGAUUACACAGUAAAUCAUCCAGCCUUCCUGUUCCAGUUCGUAGUGCUCCAGAUGACAAGCUCUUGUGCAAGAUGCACCUGAUGAGGUUCAUAGUCGUGGUUGGUCCACAACACCAAACACUGGACGUUGGUCAGACAUCCGCUCUAUACAGCGCCACAUACCCACACAAGUAGCCAGUUUACUUUUUGCAUGCUUUUAGAAGUGUAGAGGGGUGGAACUCGUGACACAGUGAAAGAACAAGCAAAAUAUCUAACAUAGUGGAGGCCAGGACCAAACCCAGAUCCUCAAAAUCUGCAUAAUUUAUUCAACAAUUCUUGAAGGUUUUAUUAAUACCUUAAUCAAUUAGCUGGUAUUGAUAAAUUUCUAAUCAAAUUUGUAUUGUGAGAGUUGCAGCUUACAAUCGGCUCCUUCUUGGUUACUUGAAACAACUGGCUAACUGAUUCUAGUGUGUUCACAUCGACACUCCUGAUCUGGAUGCUUAAUUCCUCUUGAAUAGCAAUAUCCUGAGGAUACACCAAAACAUAUCAUCUGUUCAUGGGAUGUACUACAAUACAUUGCAAUAAAAAAAGCCCUGUUUGACUGGGUAGUAAGGCCAUAGUAAAAAAAAAAACAAUAAAAGACAAAUGGAUAAAGGUGCUGGAUCAUUCCAAAUGGAAAUGGGCACAAAUGGACAGUUUUAGGAGAAAAGUAGGGUUUGGGGUUAAUGAUAAUGAUGUUGCCUUUUUUGGAGAGACUGCAUGAUGUAAUUGUAUGUGUGAUUAAAUAAAUAUGAUCAACCAUGA